GAUGACCCCGGUGUUGAAUCCCUCAACCGACCAGGAGAAAUCCUACAACAAUGCCCAUGUGAAGACGAGGGUAAAAAUAGAAAUGUUGAAUGGCCAGCUCAAGAAUAAAUUCCGGUGUCUCAUCGGCCACGGCUUAGCCAUGAAGCCAAAGAGAGCAUGCGACGUGAUCAACGCGUGUUGCAUUCUGUUCAACAUUUCUAAGAAGCUGCGAGAACCUGAUGUGGAGGACGACAUCCAAGUCAUUGAUGAGGCUGAUGAUGCCUUUCACGGUGCAGAAUAUAACAUUGGGGGUCAAGCUGCUCGAUCACAUAUAAUAAACAACUUUUUUGUUUAAUUCAUUUUGACCAUUACAUAUAUACUUUUUUUCUCACUCACUCUAGCUCUAUCUCAGAUUUUCAGGGUUUCUCUAUAUAUCCGUGCAUUUAUUUUCAUUCUAUCUCUCUCGCAUCUUUACUUUGUCAGUCCUCUCUCGACUAGCUCAAGUAUACAGUUUCUGUUUAUUUACACUAUUUACAAUACCGUAAAUAUAGAGGCCAUGAGUUUUUCUCUUAAAAUAAUAUGCAGUUUUCAAGAUAAUUAUUUCAAUAUGCAUAUGACCACCUCUGUAUUUGAAAUCUACCAACACCAUGCUAAUUAAUGUGUUAAUGGCAUCGUAACUGUGCUCCUGACAUUGCAAAUGAUUUGCUUCAUUGCUAAAGCAUGUUUUAUCGAAAAGCAUGUUUCAUUCAACCUUUGUUGGCUGAAUUGUAAAUAAAUUGUAA